AUGGGGAGAAGGAACGGUGGUGCUCUCUCUCUAAAAUCAUUGAACCAUAUAUCUCAUGUAUGCAAUUGCUUGGAGAGAACCGUCCAUUUCUAUCAGAAUAUAUUGGGUUUCCUCCCCAUCAAGAGGCCGGACUCCUUUGACUUCGAAGGUGCUUGGCUUUUCAACUAUGGAUUCGGCAUCCACCUGCUGCAAAGUGAAGAACCCAACUGCAUGCCCCAAAAUUACGAGAUCAACCCGAACGGCAAUCACAUCUCUUUUCAGUGCGAGAAUCUGGCUAUGGUGGAGAAGAAACUAAAGGAGAUGGAAAUCAGUUACAUUCAUCGGAGAGUCGAGGAAUGGGGAUUACAUGUUGACCAGCUUUUCUUCCAUGAUCCUGAUGGCUUCUUGAUCAAAGUAUGCAACUUCGAGAACCUCCCGUUGAUCCCUCUACCAGUUGGCCAGCAUGCAAUGGUCAACGCAUUCAUGCAGGCAGGGCAGCUACCACCUCAAGCUGUAAUAGCAGAAGCAGCAGUAGCAGAAGAACAUAACAAUGCCAUUAUACUUCAUAGUUGUUGA